AUGUUUUAUUCUACAGUGCUCGCUGAACUCUUUGCAACAGGAAACUCUGUCAUCACAGAAGUUGGGCAGAAAAUCACCUUAAAGUGUGGCGUUGAUAGGUUAGAGAGAAGAGUGGAGUGGAGUCAUGGAAGUGACCUGAUUAUUAGAGUUGAUUUAAAAAGCGGUACCCCCUCCAAAGGUAAGAGUCACAUUAAAGAUAAGUCGAGGUUAAUAGGAGACAAAGAUCUGGUUAUCUUCAACGUGGAAGAAAGAGAUGCUGGAAAGUUCACUUGCAAAACAGAUGGAAGAUCUUCUGAACAAGCACUUACUGUGGUGUCAGUCUCGGUCGAUCCCCACAACAGUCUCCAGGUGGGCUCUACAGCCACUCUGCAGUGUCGGGUGAAAGAACUGGACCAAACCUUGAGAGUUGAGUGGCAGAAGCCCGAUGGUUCAGUGGAGAGCUCAAACAUAGUUCAUCUCAACCCUGUAGAUAUGUCGCAUGGAGGGAACUGGCAUUGUCGCGUGGUGAAUAAUGAGGAUCAAUUCAGCAAAACUCUGAGUAUCACUGUAACAGGUGGCACCUACCGUCCACCUGCAGAGGCUGGUGAACUGAUGCUGCUGGGCCUCAUCUGGUGGGUGUGGGUUGCGUUCGGAGUUGGCAGCCUGCUGGUGAUCAUCCUGAUCGUCGUCGUCAUUUUCACAGUGAUGAGGAUCAGAAAAAAGAAAAGAAGACUGAAGAUGAAGCAGGCCAUGCUGUUAAAACCCAAGAAGUACUGCCAGUGUGCACGCCAAACAGCUGCACCCAAACCGUGGCAAGGACGCCGGAGAGAGAAGCCACCAGCCUUGCCGCUUCAGCCCCUGCUGAAGGAGUGACAUGAAAGAGGAGGAAGGAGAGAUACUGAAAGA